AUGUUCUGGGACUUGUUUAUAAGCUUAAAGCCGUCAUACACCUAUUUUCAGACACGUAUUUCUGUAGCUCAAUCAUUCGAGGGCUGUUCCUCGGGCAGCAGUCACCAACACCAACUAAACCACUCACACCAUGGGGUCAACAAAAAGUCGCAACCGUUCAAUGAUAUUCCGAGUCCUCUACGACAGCAGACGCUCACAGUCACCUUUGUCCACCCCCAUACCGUCACGGCACGGCACCACACAUCACAGCACACCACGAUUUCUCAACAGAGCCAUUUCUAUCUCCCCACAACGUUCUCCCCACAACGUUCUCCCCACAACGUUCUCCCCCACACUGCCCCCAGCCCAGCUUCCCCAGGUUUAAUUUCUGCCUCCCCCGCGCCAUUUUCCCACAAUUGUGACUCGUUCCCCCGCCACCACUUGUAUUGUCACCCCAUCGCCGGAACCGGCGAUGACGUAACCUGA